AUGAUAUUUGCUUCCGCGGGUACCCUUAGGGGACAGUCUGGCAGAAUCGAUAGGAUCGUUCCCGAGCAGCACUCGUCCGCCGAUCACGAUAGCACGAUCACGUUGAAGACCUCAGUAACCGAAGGAAUCACUGGCGACGUAGGAGAAGAGAAGGGGAAAAGACAAUGGUCUGUAGAACUCAGUAAUAGCAAGAGUGAUCGAAUGGGCGUGGACUUUGGGUGGAUGACUACAUACUACAAUACAUCAUCUUCAAGCUACGUCUUUCGAGAUCCAGAUCAUCCGGAACUACCUACAUCGAUAAAGGGAUCACCAGCGAUGCGAUCAAGAAUCACCUUUCGCUUCUCCGUCCGUUCCGCGUUCGGCCAAAGCAGGGACGAAGGGUAUGGGGAUGGGUUGUCGGUUUUACCUACUGGAAAGGGAAGGAAAUGGAUGGGUGCGAUGAGCGGAGUAGAGUGGCUUACAUUGCAUAAAAGGCAAGGUAAGGUUAGGUUAGAGGCUCUACCUUUUCUCUUUCCCUUUCCCGUGCCCUCAAACUCGCAGGUCACCUCACCUUCACCUAACCUCAUCGAGACCCGCCAAAUGAUGUCGUACUGUAUCAAGAAAGAACUAUUGUCCUGUCCUUACUGUACCGAUGUCACAACACAGCACAUUACAGCUCUUCCUUUCGAACGCAUACAGUCCCUUUCGACCCAGAUCAAGGCGAUCCGAUCCGAGCGGGAGGCGAAUCGGGUUCUCGGACUUUUUCUUUGGCGAAUCGUGAAAGAUCGAAGGCUGGAUCGUUGGCUGGAUCGGAUCGUUGGGUUUGGUAUGUUGACUCGUCACCUUCUUUCAACCGGACCGAACCAGAAUCAGGCCGAGAUCGAGAAGCCCUGUAAUGUCACCCAGAGUCCCAUCCUCUUCGAUUACUUAGGGGUUCGGCUGAAAGCGAAGGUUCGCCUGGAGUCGACUCAGGAUCUAAAUGUGAUCUUAAAGACCCUGGACGGUUAUCGUUUCGUGAGCGUUGGAAAGGUGAUCCGUCAGCCACUAACUCGGACACCGAUUUGUGACAUCCGAACCCCUCAUCAGAUGCCUCCUCGUCGGUUCCUACCAAUGUCUUGGGGGGAUAUCCUCGACUAUCCGUGCAGGACCACGCAGGCGAUCCUUGAUAUCGCAAUCGAUCGGGGCCCUCCACGUCCAUCUCACAAAGAUGUCACCGCUCUCGCACUGGAAUGUCAACAUCCGGAGGUACCAGUUCGCCCCGAAGAGACUGAGACGUCGAACGACCCAUCAAGUUCUCCGAGCGAUGGGAUCGAGCGUCAAAGCGACUACAAGGUCAUUGCGUCCAGCACUUUCAUCCUCCUCCUUUCACUCAACCCGAUGUCAGAACAACAACCACAGCCGAGCAAGAAGAGCAAAGUGGGGAGGGGAAGAAAGGUCAAGAAGGAGGAUGGGAAGAACCAAGGAAAUGGUGGUACAGAGUCGCAGCUCGAAGUGAACGUCAUCAUUGACGGGAAUGCGCACAAAGGGAACGAGGAGAUCGACGUGAUCGAUGCGAUGAGGCUGCGGCCAAAGAUCAAGGUCAAGCAUGUUGAAGCUCUUGUAGGCCACUUCUCGCAGAAGGCCAACGACAUCCCAAUCCAACAGAAAGAAGAGGAACAAUCAGAUAUCGGCAGGCUGGCCAGGCGGACAGGAUUCGACAAGGUCAACAUCACCAACGUUGCUCAACGUCCUAUCAGGGCGAUCUCAGGCCAAGAAUUGAAUCUGCUCGACCAUGGUCCUGCGAAGCGAGUCGCCCCAUUGAAGAAUAUGAUCCCGGUCCGGUCGUCUUGCACACAUGUAAGGCAGCCUGGUCCGGUUACCUGGAAACAGAGAAUCGUCCCAAGAUUCGUCCCAGCCGCCGAUCAAUCGGAGCUAUCGUCUAUCAAGGUUGCGAGGUUUAUGAAAGGCAAACUCGCACUCGAGCCGACGAACGCCGCCCUGGCCUUCAUGUCACCGGGUGAACGGAUCGAUGGUCGAAUUCAGGUCAAGAGCUGGAUGUUCGAUCGUCAUUGUCUUGUCAAGUCCUCCUUGUGCAUCUUAUUGAUGGUGGGGUUGUCCGUUCCCGUCCGCAGAAACGUCGGAUUCAGUAGAGGAUUGAAGCUGGCCUGGUGCGACUUUAUCCAAUGUGGUCUUCUGAACGGUAUCCUCGAUCUCGGAAGUAUCCGGCUCAACGAAUUAAGGCGACGCUUGAUCGAGCGAGAUCCCGCUUCCACAAUGUUCGCCGUCCUCGUGCCUUCCUUUCGCAUUUCCGGCUCGACUUCUGGUUCUUGCUUGAGGAAAGUCGGUCCGCCUUUGCGAGGGCAAAUCCGAAGGAAGUUUCGGAAUCUCAUCUUCCAGACGCUACGCAAGAGUACGCUCACAGAAGAAUGCGGAGAGGAUCUUACCGGCAAGAUGAUGAACGAGCUCGUCGAAGCACUUUUGAGGGCCGAGGGUUUCCCUGUGUUUUCAGAACCGUCCCCAUCCUGUUCAUUCUCACCACCUCCGCUCGAAAUCCGUACGCCCGGAACUUCCAAACUCUCCCGCAUGUUGACGCCGCAAACCUUCCGACCGCUCAAACGAAUCGUGUACGGAGAUCGAUGCUCUCCCGCCGUCAGUGCCACUGCUGCUAAUGCCGUUGCUAGUCCGUCUGCUGCCAAGCAUGUUCCCGGAUACCUGACCGUGAUUCAGCUUUACGGUAUGUUCGAUAGCCUGCAUUGCGACUAG